AUCCAUCUCCUGCUGUGAUUGGCUGAUGAAGACGUUGUCAGCGACAAUGCACCGGAAGUACAACAAUCUGAGUUCAGCUAACCACACGAAAGAUACAAAUAUCAACGGUACUUUCUACAGUAGCUGGGAAGAUGUCUCAUCAUGACGGUUCCAGUCAAGAACCUGCUGGACUUGAUGGACUGCCGCCCCUGUACAGCAUUGCUAAGGGCGAGGUGGUUUCUAUACAAACAUAUGGAGCGUUUGUUCGCCUGCCAGGAUACAGGAAGGAAGGUUUGGUGCAUGUGAGUGAGAUGUCAGCCUCCAGGGUCGAGAACGCCUCAGAGAUUGUGGACGUCGGGGAACACGUGUGGAUUAAAGUAAUUGGAAGAGAGAUUCAGGGAGAAAAGGUCAAGUUAUCAUUCUCGAUGAAAGCUGUCAAUCAAGGAACGGGGCGGGACUUGGACCCCAAUAACGUCAUAGCAGAUCAGGAUUUGAGGCGCCGAAGACAGUUUAGAGAUCAAACCAGCAACAGGAUCACACUGGAGGCCGUUUUAAACACGACGUGUACAAAAUGCGGCUGCAAGGGCCACUUCACCAAAGAUUGCUUCUCUGCUCCGGGGCUGCAGUACACUCUUCUGCCUGAAGAGGACGACGAAGAACCACAGCAUCAGCAGACGUCUGCAGCUACAUCCCAGCAGGAAUCUGACAGGAAGAAGAAAAAGAAAGAAAAGAAAAUGAAGAAGAGGAAGAAGGAGAGAAAAGAGUCGGGGAGCGACAGCAGCAACAGCAGCAGCGAAUGCAAAUCCAAGAAGAGGCGCCAUGGCAACGAAGGAGAGGAGAAAAAGAAACGCAAAAAACACAAAUCGCACAAACACCGCUGAGGCAGUGACAGCAAUUUUGAGAUGGAGGUCAACAAAGCGAGCUGCAGCUACAGGCUUUUACUUAUAUUUUUUUUGUGACCAACCAUAAACCUACAGGACAUUAAGGAGAGCAGUCCCUUAAAUUCUUUCAAAAUAAUACCCUUAAAAAAAGGGAUGACAUAAUAAUAGCCAUUCGUCCUGUAAUAACCUGUGGCUGCCUCAGAAAAAGAGGAACCUUGCGCAAUCUGAGAUCUGUUUGCAAUAUGCCAGUGAGCAUUGACCCCUUUGUAAUCCAGAUACCGUUCAAAGCUAUCCGGUGUCUGAUACUUUCACCAAGCAUGCAUUUGUGGGGGUGUUAACGUCGCUGCACAUAGAGGAAGUAGUUAAGACAGGAAAUGUAAGCAGCGAACACAAGCCCCGACAGGAACCCCGCGAUGCGGUGACAUCCUGAAGUCAUACACCUUUCAUUGUGUUUUUAUGGUGUGCGUUUGCCUCCAGGGGGACACUUCACUGUCCAAACAACCCUCAUCCUGCAUGUAAACUGUUAACUCCAUUAAAGCUGUUUGUGUACAUAAGGCCAA